AUGAAGAUCUUCUGCCUCCUCUCUGUCGCCUUCCUCCUCCUGAUGCUGGUGGCUCCAGGUAUGGCCUUCUUCUCAGAUGCUUCUUCUCUGAGCUCCACAGCUCUCAGCUUUAUUCAUUUUAAACCUGCCUCUGAAUACAAGUUGCUGGGAAUUCCAAAGGGAUGGGUAGGGAAUUCUCUUGCCCCUCGGUCCCCCUUGAGAGCGUCCCAAAUGGGGCAUCUGGUUGGCCACUGUGAGACCAGGUUGAUGGACUAGAUGAGUCCCCUUUGGCCUGAUCCAGCAGCCAGGCUCUUAGGAUCUGAUUGCCAUCCCAGUCCUAAAGUAUGGAAUCUGAUCCAAAGAAGCUGUUGCUUAAAAAUCUUUAAUAACACAUUUCAGUAAAUUCAGCUUUGUGGUGGGGAAGAGAGUGGGCCAGUUUCCUGGGCAAGGGGGCUUCUCUCUCGAAGGUUGCCAGUGGCUCCCAGGGGAGUGACUUCAAAAAAAGCCGUUCUCAAUUUCUACCAUAGUUGACAUUUCCCUGCUUCCUCUUCUUGGGUGGGAACUGGUGGAGACCAUCGGGGAAGGCUUUUGGGCUGGGCUCACCCUCCCCUCCAGGAAUUGGUCUAAUCCUCUCUUAAAAUCAUCCAAUUUUGUCAACAUCACUACAUCUUGGACAAGCCAGUGGGACUUUGUGACACUGGUCGUGAAAGUAUUGCACUGGCUGCCAGUGAACUACAGGGUUCAAUUUAAGGUGUUGGGAUGAGCAUGCUCAAAAGUGCUCCUAAAUAAGCUUGCUUUUAACCAAAACACCUGGGGACCAUCCCCCCCACCUGCCGCUGGGAAUAUAUUCAUUACUAUUUUUAAAAUGAAUGCCCUGCUUUUUUCUGUCCACAAAAUAUUUGUUCAAAGGCUAUAAGCAACAUCGAUCCAACCACUAAAAUAAAGAACAAACUGAAAACAGAAGCAAAAACGAUAGCAUUGGCCAGUUUGGUUAAUUUUGGUUUCUCACAGUGUCUCCUCUUCCAAGCUGCAGCUGAGUCUUCCACAGUUCCAUUUCAGUUUGCUUAAACAACAAAACAAGAGAACUCAGCAUUUCUGCGUGGAUUUCUCCUGAUAAGAUGUUUGUAUAUAAUUUUGCCUGAUCUGCAGAUUUUGGCAGGGCAAUUUCCCUUGGUGAAAUUCAUUUUGGCAUGAUAUUUCCAUGAAUAUAUAUGGGAACAUCAGAGAUACCCUUUGCCCUGGGUGUGCUUGGCCAUAUUGGCCGGGUCUAAAUUUUUUUUUUUUAAAGAAGCAGUUUAAUGACCGCCUCUUUCAGUGGGUCUUGGAAGACUCCCUCACAGAGAGAAGCAUUCACCACGCCAAAGAGAGCCCCUCACCCAGCCCUUCCCGGAUCACUUUUAUGAGCCAGGACGGGCAAGGAUCAAGGAGACAGGUGGUUCACUCAUCCAAGCAGCCUGUCCACAUCCUUGGAGGUAACAGAUUAGAACUGAUCCCAUGCAACUUGACUAGACAGGACUCUAGCACUCUCCCACCCUGGCCCUGGUCCCACGGUGGCAUCUCCCUCUUUCCAAAUUUGAGCAACUUUAUCUGCAAAAAACUUUGCAAAAUCACAGCAGGAGAUAUUGGGGUCCUUACCAGGCCCCGAUGGCAAAGGUGGUUCUAUUAAAUUAUGAUCCACCUGUAAGAGUCUCCUGCUGCAAUUUUCUGCAUCUGCAAUAGAGGCAGUUAAGAAAGUCCUCUUCGCCGUCUCUUUCACCACUUGGUGGGCUCAGUGUUGAGCUCUAACCCGUAUCCGGUCUGAUUUAGAAUGAGUUUUCCGCCACCAUUGCUAUAGCCGUUUCAGCGAUUGUUUCAUUGCCCUCAGCUCUGGGGAAAAUUACAGGACUGUCCGGGCUCCAUGCAAUCAGAAAGGGCACUUCGGAGCCAGAGUCGAUAGCCCUGGUUAACCCCACAUUCCAGCGGGCCACCAGGGAAUCAGCUGAAAGGCCAUCAGCAUGGGAUAAUGCAUUCCCUACCACUCUCUGGAAGCCAAUUGGAUCCAUUAAGUGGUGGGGGCAGACUAUCUGAAUUGGUCCCACCUCCCUGCAGAGGAGAAGGGUCACAGAGAAGUCCAGUUGCACCAGGAAGUGAUCUGACCAUGGCACUUCUUUUGUUUUGCUUUGACUUAGUGUCAGAUCACCCACAUUCAUAGAGGAAAACAUCAGUUCCGCAGCUAUGAGUUGGGCCAAACUUAUUCAGGGACAGCCCCAUGGAGGCCAUGUUUUCCAUGAAGUCCCAAGCAGCCCCAUGUAAGUUUGUGUUGGCAUGGAUGUUAAAAUCCCCUUGGACAAUCAAACUAGGUGUCCCCAGGAGAACAUCCGCCAAGACCUGAAGCAGCUCGGGCAGGGAAUCCUUGGUGCAGAUGGGAGGUUGGUACACCAAAAGGAAUCCUGAACUGCCCCUAUUGCCCAGCUUUCAGAACAUACACUCAGAAAACUGGGUCUUCCCAGCAGGGUGCCUGGUACAAGCUAAUGACUUCCUAAAAAUCACUGCAAAUAUGACCUGGGUUUCUGUGCAUAAGAGAAAUCUGGUAGAUAAGCAGCAGCAAGAACAGGCCCAUCUGCUUCAUCCAACCAAGUCUCUGUCACACAUGCCAGGUCAAGUCCUCCAUCCACAAUAAAAUAAUGGAUGGCAGUGGUCUUGUGAAUCAUUGACCUGGCAUUGCACAGCAGCACCUUCAGGUCAUGUAGAUCUCCCUUGUUGAUUCCAGUGUCCUUCCAGUCAGGACCAGACCCGGAGGCAGGAAUAGUCUUCUAACAACAACUAAACCUGCCUCCUUGGUAAUGACGUGGGCUGGUCUUAGCGUAACUCCUCCUCCUGCCCGUGAUCACUGAAAUCAGGUGUCCCAGUGCAUCCCCCACCCCCCGGUGGAACCUGCCCCAGCCAUUCUGUUGGCUGGGACCCACUCCCAAGCAGCCCUGAGCCUCUCCCCUUCAGAACAGAAUACAAACUAUACAAUAAACCAAUAAAACAGUAGAAACUAAUUAAAAAACAACGACAAUUUACAGCUAUACUAAAAUUAAACUAAUCCCCAGCCCCAACUAAAUGUUUAUCCCACCCGCAACAGAGCAGAGAAAAAGAAAAAAAUAAACCACCAAAGAUUAAAAACUAUUUAAAAACAUUUAAAAGCAUUUAAAAGCAUUUUUGACAUUUGCCCCAACCCGAGUUUGUUCCAUUGAGUCUGGGCUCUUCAGCACUCACGGCAGGACAAUGUCCCUCUGUCCCAGGAGUCUGCUUUCUUCCUAUUAGGUAAUUAUUUACUAUUGCACAGAUGCUAUAUAUUUAAGAGCAUACAUGCUGCCUGCUUUAAUCUCUUCCAUUGAAAAUGAUAAGUAAAUAUUGAGAUAUUUCCUAAAUUGCACACUGUUAUCCUGUAUCAAACCAGAAUUGCACCAUGUGUCUGUUUUUUUGCAGGGGGUGGGGUUGCUGUCAAUAUUUAUUUCUCCCCCCAUCAGUGUUCUGCUUACCAUCUGGACUCUGCCCAAAACAUUGAUCUACAAAAGCCACUGGGGAUCCCAGGGAAUCCAAGCACCACUCUCCAGGGAAUCGCAGAGAUGAAGGUUCUGGCCCUCACCCUCUUCUGCCUCCUCCUUGCAGGGAAUGAAGCCAAAGUGUAUAAGAGAUGUGAACUGGCUGCGCGACUGAAACGGGCUGGGAUGGAUGGAUAUCGUGGCGUCAGCCUGGCCAACUGUGAGUUUGCUCUUCCUUUCCCUUCAGCUUUGCUAUUUCUGGUGUUUUGGGGCAAAGCUGAAAUGGGGACUUCUUUUCAGGAAAGGGUUCACACAAACCCUGCUGCCCAUCAGAAUGCCCCAACUUUCAUUAAUCUUUGAAAGAUCAAGAAGCUACACAUCCAUAGGGCCAAACCAAAUUUAUCCACCUUACUAAUGUGAGAUUAUGAAAAGUACUAGUCAGCUGGAAUGCAAGAAACUUAAGUGAAAAUGUCUAUUUAAGACCAUGGGGGGCGGGGUUAGACGUUACAGACAGCUUUUACAGUGAACAUUGUAAGAAUGUUUUUAAAUUAUUCUGUUUCAAAAUGCUGCAACUUUGACAAAAAAGAUUGCACACCCAGCGUGUACCCAAAUUGUAAGCCUUUUCUUGUUCACUUUGUUCCAGGGAUCUGUACUGCUUAUCAUCAAAGCUCAUUUAACACUAGACUCGUGGGGCCACAAACCUCCAGCGGCAAUCGUGAGUAUGGAAUCUUUCAGAUAAGCAGCCGCUGGUGGUGCGACAAUGGACAUGGCUCAACAGCCAAUGCAUGUGGGAUCUCCUGCUACGGUAAGCAACUUGAUACUACAGGGAAUGCUAGCUUCCACUUCUUUAAUUCAGUUCAAAUCUACCUAAUUUGCACUUUCUGAAAUAAUACACAGACAAACACACUGCACAUUCUUCAAAACUCACACUUCUAAUCUUGCAAUGCACUUCUCAAGCCAACUGCAUUGGGCACAGUAUGCCUAUAAAUAUAUAUAUAUUUACAAAAAAUUGCAUACAAAAGUGCAUUAAAAAGGUAAAGGGACCCCUGACCAUUAGGUCCAGUCAUGGCCGACUCUGGGGUUGCGGCGCUCAUCUCGCUUUAUUGGCCGAGGGAGCCGGCGUAAGUGCAUUAGAUUACAGAAAAUUGCAUACAAAGCUGUCAUUCAGGAGAAUUUCACACAAAAUAACUGCUGGAUUUUUUAAAAAAGAAAAGAAAUCCACAACCUCCACCCCCAGGUGUAUCUGUCCAGCUCUCAGGACUGUCCUUAGUCAGUGUCCCCAAUGUUUUUGGUAUGGUGACCCACAAAUCCAAACUUAAAAGACUUGGUGACUACAGAUUUAUUGUCAAAUGAAUUUUGGACCUUAGGACUUCCAGAAAUGCUGGUACUAAUAUCUUAAUAAAUUUUAAAAUGUGUCUCCUAUACUUCCUGUACCCCCUUCUUUGUUGAAUUUGUGGUGAACUUUUAAUGACAGGGUUAAUAAUAAAAAUUAAAACUACAUAAUGAAAUUCAAAAUGUUUCACAUAGUAUAGGUUCCAUUUAUUUGUUUGAGUUAAAGCCAUUGGGGUGAUCAUAGGGAAAAUUGUAGAGAGUACAGUACAGUCAUUGCUGCUUCCCUCUCCCCAAACUUCAUGUUUACCAUGGGAAGCCAGCUGUGCCCUGUUUGUCCUGACUGUGUCACUUAAUAUUGUUUUUACAUGCAAACGUACACACUGGUACCACUGUUGUCCAAUAACACCAGGGAGCACUCCCUGUACCAGGAAAAUCUAUACAAGGUAGCCAGACGACACUAUUGUGUACACACAGAGCACACACAUGCCCUCGCACAUACACAUCACAGACAUACAUGAAGUUUUGUGUCUCUCACUCUGCCUUAUACUGCACAGAUAUACAAUCACUCAGAUAUGCCUCUCUCUCUCUGCUCAGGUGCUUGUCUUCCUCUCUCUCUCUCACGCACCACAUGUGCAUGCAUGCAUCCCUCCGCCUGCACCAGCAGAGUAGUGUGGGUUGCUGCCCCCCUCCCCUGGUGGACAGGGCAUUUGGGGCGGGCGCAUGGGGGUGGCACAAUGGAAGACAAUCUUACUCAGCUACAAGUGAUCGCCAAAGAGGAAUGUAACCCCUUUUUCUCACUUGCACGAAGCAACAUGUAAAUCUGUCCCUCCCUUCCAUCCAUCACACACACAGACAUCACGCAUAACAUCUCUCCCACCUUCCUCACACAGCUUGCACAUCUCUCUUGCAGUAACACAAACAUUACUUGAGCGCUAACAUCCCAAUUCUAAAAAGCAUCUUCAUAAGGCUAAAGAACCAUCCGUCAACAGCACCACCUAGCGGGCUGCGAGGAGACCUAGGCCUCUCCUUUAGUUUUCCAACCCUUCUGUCGCCAGCACAAGGCAAAAGAGGCACCUGCUGGUGGUUGGUGGAUAGCAGAAUCCUGAAUCUGCCAGGACGUCCCUGCUGCUCCUCCCCAACCCCCUCCAUUCCAUUUAGCCUUACUUACUGUGGGACAAACGAGGCACUCACUGCUUGCUGGCAGGCAGCAGCAGCCUGAGCAUGCAGGGAUAACCCCACAGCUCCUUCCUUCCUUUCCCAACCUUUCAUUUCAAGUAAACAUCUGAAGGCAGGCAGCUGUGUGAACAAAAGUCCUAGCACUCCUUGCCAAAGUUUUCCAACAGGGGGAGAAAGCACUGAAGCAAUCGACCCACUUCUACAGGUUUGGCUGCCCACUUGCAGGUUGAGACCCACAGGCUGGGAAACAUUGCCCUACGCCAGGGGUAGGCAACCUAAGGCCCAUGGGCCGGAUGCGGCCCAAUCUCCUUCUCAAUCCGGCCUGCGGACGGUCCGGGAAUCAGCGUGUUUUUACAUGAGUAGAAUGUGUACUUUUAUUUAAAAUGCAUCUCUGGGUUAUUUGUGGGGCAUAGGAAUUUGUUCAAUUUUUUUUAAAUAUAUGGUCUGAGGGACGGUGGACCGGCCCACAGCUGAAAAAGGUUGCUGACCCCUGCCCUAGGCCAUGACCUCUCACUAGGCCAUGCUCUGUCCCACUGCCUCUGCUCUGUAUCCUCCUGCUUUUACCGGGUUGCAAUGUGUCCUGGAACUGUGACCUUGCUUAGAAUCAUAGAAUCAUAGAGUUGGAAGAGACCACCAGGGCCAUCGAGUCCAACCCCCUGCCAAGCAGGAAACACCAUCAGAGCACUCCUGACAUAUGGUUGUCAAGCUGCUUAAAGACCUCCAAUGAAUGAGACUCCACCACACUCCUUGGCAGCAAAUUCCAUUGUCUGGAUGGAGGAUGAGAUGGCCAUUUUUAAAGAACUGAUUUCUUUCUCUGGCUAGAAUGCAGCUGACUAGAAGGGAUCCCCCGCUUGGUGCUAUAAUGAUUGAAUGCCAGCUCAAGGGGAAAAUGAUUUAAGUGCCCCCCAAAAGUAUUCAGACUUGGAGUUGGAUGGACCUCUAGGAAAAGGUUUUCCACAGUUCAGAGGCAGCCCCUGCAGCCUUGGGGGUGUUUGUAUUCUGGGGUUUGCAUUUUAGGAAUCCCCAGUAACCUCCUUUGCUUUCUGACAAAUCUUUGCCAGCGUUCUUAAAUGAUGACAUCACAAAUGAUAUUAACUGUGCCAAGAGGAUUGUCCGUGACCCUCAAGGGAUGAACGCCUGGUAAGUGCUAAUAUCUCAGUGACUGGAACAUUCAAUACCAGCCAAGUUUUCAGUUCACAUAACUAUGUGAAGAAAGAUGGUUUCACUUGACUGUUGUACAGCUGGCAGCUAAAGAUCCUUCCCCAAUAGGCACUGACAAGGGCUAAAGAUGCUUCCUUAAAUGUACAGCCAGUAGUGCCCCCACUGCUCUGGGACCCUUCUCCACUUCCCCUGAGUAACUGGCAGCAUCACACAGUGCUGGGAAGCCAGGAAAAGACCACAGCCCCACCCGCAUCACAAAGCCAGCCACCACUGUGUGCAGCAAACACUUGGGUGGCUGGUGGCUACUAGGAGCUGUUAGUAGCUGUCUUGGUGGGGAUUUAAGGAAAUGAUUUGGCAACUGAGCCAAUGUGUAGUAGUGGUAAGAGAGGACCUGGGAGACCAGAGAUCAAAUCCUGACUCAGCCAGGAAGUUCACAGGUUGACAUUGAGUCAGUCACUGUCUCACAACCCAGCCUACACGACAGUGUUUUUCUAAGGGGAAGAACCAUGUAUGCCACCUUGAGCUCCUUGGAGAAAAGGUGGGGUAUAAAUGUAGUAAUAAAUAAAUUGGAAUGCAGGAAAGGAGGAGACAGCCUGAGUUCUGUCAUGGGCUGGAGCGAAGUCCUGGGGCAGAUGGUUCACUUCCCAAGUUUGCUUGGAGGUCUUUCACAGAAGGCUAUCAAUGCUUAGCAGCCACAAUGACUCUGUUCCGCCUCCUUUGUUAGACACAAUGUGCCUCUGAAUGUGCCUCUCACUCACUGGAUCAUCACCUUGUCAUGGUGAGUGGGCUUGUAUGUUCCUAUGACCCUUGUGAGCGAAGCUGUUGGGAGUCGCGUACUCCCAGCAGGGUCACCCAAGGCUAAGGUCAAAGGGAAGGAGCUAGACAAAGAAUGAUCGAAGAAGUCCUCAACAGCAGAACAGGUGGCAUGUUACAACGGAUGUGAAGGCGGGUGAGGGCUGCAGCAGAUAAGAAUUUACCGGUCGUUGUUAUACUCAUGCCAUCGGGAUAGAGCUUUACUGUGAAGACUGUGUGUUGAUCAGCAUGCACUGAUCUACACACAUACAACAAAUUCACACACAGGCAUCUUCUAAAAAAAAUCCCAAACCCAAACCCCAAAAAGUCCCAUAGUGGUUGGCAAAUGUUUAUGUGGGCAAGACCGUGAAAUCUAGAAGCCCCUAGUCAGGAACCGGCACGUGGGUGGCAGAUACAGACAGAUUCAGCCAUUCUGACUCAAGGAAUGAGGCAGUGAGCAGCUCAGCAGCUCUGUCCAUGACUGAGCAGUAAAGUUCCACGGAGGAUGGGGAGCAAAAUUUUGCUAGAAGGGCAUCAUGGGCUAUUAACAGAUGGACUUCCCAUUCACCACCAAAACUGAUCAUCAGCAGGGACAAUGAACGGGAAGAAAUACUCUGUAGCUGACACAAAUGCCUCACUUGGAAAUGUUGUGGAGCUUUUAAAGAAGAUCCAUCUCACUUGUAGUUACUUGGAAGCCACAGUCAUGUGACUUCCCUCACUUCAUUUUUUACUCUCAUUCUGACUUUUAGGUAUGCUUGGCAGAAAUUUUGCAAAGGAAAAAAUCUCUCAAAGUGGACAAAAGGUUGCAGACUCUGA